UUCUGGUUUAACAAGCUAUUCUUUCUUCUGCCUACAUCCAAGUAAAAAGCAAAUGAGAAUAUUGCCACCAUAUUUUCUCCGUAAUGAAUUGAUUGACUUUUACUACACGUCGUAUGCCACUGACGUCGGCACCGGAGAUUGGACCGACGCGUGCAACUCCGUCAGGAACCAGUCAAGGUUUCAAAUUAAGGGGCUGCUGCCGCUCGGGCUUCUCCACGGGUUCUGCCAUUCGCGAUCGAUGGAGAGUGAACUGGUGAAGAACUACUUCCCAUCGCCGCUUCGCCCGCUCAGCCGUCCCUUGAAGUCUCUUCCAAUAGGAGUUGCAGUUGCUGCUGAUCGUCAUCCCGCUCACCAAAUGUUAUACUCAAGCGCCAUAGUAGUGGGGUUCCCCAAGUACCGAUUCAAUAGUCUUCGUGGACUCGAUCCAAGCAGGAACAGAGUAGUCUCUCAAAAGAAAUCGACCCUCCAGGCUGAAAUUGGUAUGUCAAUGUCAUUGGUCGUGCACAGGGCAUCAGUCUCCGCUAGGAUAAUGCAACCCUCAACGCACAAUCUCAAAUCUUGGAUGCAUGUGCUACUCGAUCGUCGUCAAUAAUCGACAAAGCCAUUGCAAGGUUUCCAUGGAAAGUUGCUGGAAUAGCGCCCCGUUAAGACACCUUAUCGGAGGUUGAUGUUCAAACCUACCAGUCCAUCGGAACAAAGUUGAUUGGCAUCAG